AUGCAAAAGUUCUAUACUUCACAGAAGACAAUCCGUGGUGCCUUGGAUCUCCUGGGGGAGAAGAAAAUCAAGGGAUUUAGGUUCCUCUAUGACGACGAAACCUAUAAUCAAAUUCUCCAAAAACUAGGGCUGGAAGAAGUAUAUGGGAAAAACAAGGUUAAUAUUAUUGACUACAACGCCCGCAUUUCCCCGCUGACCUACUAUUUAAAUACCAAGCUAAAGCCAAUACAUCAUUUGAUAUAUCCCGAUGGACAGUCGUCGCAAAAGUUUUGGGAGAGGAUCCAAAAGACAGAGACAGAGAUGGCCAACUUCCACGUUUUGAAAAAUUCGGUUUCGUCUACAGUCAAGGCAAACCUGCUAACCAAGCCGCUCGAGCAGAAGCUAAUAGAGCCAAGAUUCACUGAAGAGCCCGUCAACGACUCUCUUCUAUUUGUAGGUGAUUUCAUGUCGACUACACAGGCAAGCGCAUUGCGAACAUGUAUCUAUUACAAUGAAGUCAGAACCUCCAUUUUCAGAUACGGUGGUGUGAAGUUUCUAGCCUGGACCACGCCUAUGGAAGUGUUGAAAUAUCUAGGUCCUCUCGGUUCACUGCAUAGAAGAACAAACUCAAUGAUGGCCAACCUUUAUUCUGAUAUAAGAGUCAUUGCAUGUUCCGAACAACUGAAAAAUGCAAAAGCACAAAGACUCUUGGGUGGCAUGGAUUACGUGCCCUUGCCGUACAACGACUACGAAGGAGAGGUAUGUUUGGUUGAGUUGCAAUCCAACCACAGAAAAUACAAAAUCGACCAUCAGGACGAAUUGCACCUCAUAAUCCACAAACUAUUUUGCACUCCUGGUGCAUUAAUCAGGGAAAAACUGCAUGUUCUUGGUCCUGGUGCCGAAGACUACUUUGUAGACAUCAUACCAGAGGAAGUACUGAACAAGAAGGUCAGCAUGGUCACUAACGAAGAAUGGGUGGCGCUGUCCAAUGACUAUUACUACUGGCCGUUCAAGCCAGAUACCAGGCUUGAAACAUACGCUACUGCCGACUCUUACUUUGAUGAUGUGUAA